CUCUCUGGCUCCUGACAGCACCCCUGCUGGUCUGAAUGAAACUUGUUAUUUACAGACAGAUCCGCUGCAGAGUGCAGACCUCUGGAUACCGUGAACCUGUACCAUCUCCCUCUGUGAAACCCGACAACUUAACCCAGCUGCAGGAAUCUCACGAUGCACCAAAAGUGAAAGGAUCUGCUGCUCUGGAUCAGAUUGGUGAUGGUGAACAAGUGUUUUUUCCUGAGGACCUGAAGGAAGACUGGAUGUGGUUGUAGCAGCUAUGGGUGAGUCAGGGUGGGGGGUGCGGUCCCUCUCCCUCUGUGGCCUGGUGCUGGUUGUCUGCGUGUCCGUCUGUCUGACUCAGCAGCCCAAAGUGAAGCCAGCAGAGUGCAGCAGAAAGGAGCAUCCUGUCGUCUCUCACCAAGCGCUGAGGCCGUGGAUGUCCGAGUUCUCCCAUCCAGGAGUGAAGGAUUUCUCCCAGCUGGCCGUGGACCUGAGCAGGAACCAGCUGAUUGUGGGAGCAAGGAACUUCCUCUUCAGACUGAGUUUAAGUAACGCCACCCUCAUUCAGGCGACAGAAUGGGCACCGAAUGAAGAGACAAAGCGCUCAUGUCAGAGCAAAGGGAAAUCAGAGGAGGAGUGUCAGAACUACGUCCGGGUCUUGUUGAUAAGCGGGAUGACACUCUUCACAUGCGGCACUAAUGCUUUCACCCCCGUCUGCAUGACCAGGCAGGUGGGUAACAUCAGUGCGGUGUUGGACGCGGUGAACGGUGUCGCCCGGUGUCCGUACGACCCGCGGCACAACUCCACCGCCAUGGUGACGGAGCGAGGCGAGCUGUACGCCGCAACGGUGAUCGACUUCUCCGGACGCGACCCCGUCAUCUACAGGAGCCUCGGGAACAUGCCGCCUCUACGCAGCGCUCAGUACAACUCCAAAUGGCUCAACGAGCCUCACUUUGUGUCGGUGUAUGAGAUCGGUCGGUUCACCUACUUUUUCCUGAGAGAAACGGCGGUGGAGAACGACUGUGGGAAGAUCGUGUUUUCCCGCGUGGCUCGGGUCUGCAAGAACGACAUGGGCGGUCGUUUCCUGUUAGAGGACACCUGGACCACCUUCAUGAAAGCCCGACUCAACUGCUCCCGCUCUGGAGAAAUCCCCUUUUACUACAACGAGCUGCAGAGCACCUUCUACCUCCCGGAGCAGGACCUGAUCUACGGCAUCUUCACCACCAAUGUGAACAGUAUAUCUGCUUCGGCCGUCUGCGCCUUCAACCUGAGCGCCGUCACUCAGGCCUUCAACGGGCCCUUCCGUUACCAGGAGAACCCCCGCACCGCCUGGCUCUCCACCCCAAACCCCAUACCCAAUUUUCAGUGUGGCACACUGGAGGAGGGCGGACCGGGGGGGAACCUGACGGAACGCAGCCUGCAGGACGCCCAGCGGCUCUUCCUCAUGAACGACGUGGUGCAGCCGCUCACAGUCAACCCUCUGCUCACCCAGGACAAUCUGCGCCUCUCCAAGCUGGUGGUGGACAUCGUGCAGGGCCGGGAAACCCUCUACCACGUCAUGUACAUCGGAACAGAAUACGGCACCAUCCUGAAGACUCUCUCCACAACCAAUAAAAGUCUCCAAGGCUGCUACCUGGAGGAACUCAGGCUCCUCCCCCCUGGGCAGAUCGGACCAAUUAAGAGCCUGCAAAUCCUCCACAGUGACAGAUCCCUGAUUGUUGGGCUGGACGACAGGCUGUUGAAGAUCCCGUUAGAGCGCUGCUCCAGCUAUCAAAGUGAAAUUCACUGCCUGGAAGCUCGGGACCCGUACUGCGGCUGGGAUCUCAAACAGAAGCGCUGCACCACCAUCGAGGGGAGCUCCAACAUGAACCAGUGGACACAAAACAUCACCCAGUGCCCAGUGAGGAACCUGACACAGGACGGAGGUUUUGGUACGUGGGCACCGUGGCAGCCGUGCAACCACGAUGACGGCGAGGGAUCCGUCAGCAGCUGUGUGUGUCGGUCCCGCUCGUGUGACGGACCUCUGGCUCGGUGUGGCGGCGUCGAGUGUAAAGGCCCGACCAUCCAGGUGGCCAACUGCUCCAGGAAUGGCGGCUGGACUCCCUGGUCUUCGUGGGGUCAGUGCAGCAGCAGCUGUGGGAUCGGGUUUGAGGUGAGGCAGCGCUCCUGCAACAACCCGUCGCCUCGCCACGGGGGCAGAAUCUGCGUGGGUCAGGGUCGAGAGGAGAGGCUGUGCAAUGAGAAGAAGCCCUGUCCCCUGCCUGUGUCGUGGACAGUGUGGGGACCCUGGGCUCACUGCAGUGCUGAAUGUGGAGGAGGGGUCCACUCCAGGACCAGAACCUGUGAGAACGGCAACAGCUGUCCCGGAUGUUCAAUGGAGUAUAAGGCGUGUAACCUGGAGGCCUGCCCCGAGGUGCGCCGUAACACCCCCUGGACGCCCUGGAUGCCAGUGAACGUGAGUCAGGACGGGUCGAGGCAGGAGCAGAGGUUCAGGUACACCUGCCGCGCGCUGCUGCCCGACCCCCAGCAGCUGCAGCUGGGCAAGAAGAAGAUGGAGACCCGGUUCUGCCCCAACGACGGCUCCGGAGCCUGCCAGACUGACUCUCUGGUUGAAGACUUGGUGAAGACGAGCGGGCGAACCCCAUCCCAGCCUCAAGGUGUGCGCUGGGGAUUGUGGGAAACGUGGUCCAGCUGUUCUCAGCAGUGUUCAAGAGGCUUCAGGACCCGGAAACGGAGCUGCUCCACCGGGGAGGGUCGGACCAACCCCAGCGCCUGCGUGGGAUCACCUGUGGAGUAUCAGGACUGCAACACCCAGCCGUGUCCAGUGAGUGGAUCCUGGUCCUGCUGGUCCUCCUGGUCCCAGUGCUCGGCCAGCUGUGGGGGAGGCCACUACCAGCGGACUCGGACGUGCAGCAACCCCCCCCCUGCCAGUGGAGGAGACAUCUGUAUCGGCCUGCACACUGAAGAGGCGCUCUGCAACACACACACCUGUGAAGAUUGGGGUGAGUGGAUGGUUUGGGGGGACUGCGAUGACGAGGGUCUGCAGCAUCGUACCCGUCGCUGUGGGGAGGAUCAGGCGCCCGAGGCCGGUCUCUGCCAGGGGAACGUCACCCAGUCUCGGCCCUGCCAGCCUCACGAGGUCCCCGUUAUUAUACCUGGGCAGGAGGAGCAGAGCUGUGGAACCUUCACUUUGUUCCAGUUAGUCGCCGUGGGCUCAGCCAGUUUCUUUGCAGCGGCGCUGCUGUCUGCUCUGGCCUACAGCUACUGCUACCAACUGAACCGAGCAUCCGCUGAGUCAGCCGUCAUCCACCCCAGCACCCCCAACCACCUGACCUACAACAAGCAGGGCAACGCCACGCCAAAGAAUGAGAAGUACAUCCCCAUGGAGUUCAAGACGCUUAACAAAAACAAUCUGCACGUGAACGACGAGACGUGCAACCACUUCCCCUCCCCGCUGCCCGCCAGCAACAUGUUCGCCACCACGUACUACCCCCCCAGCCUGGGCAAGUACGACUUCCACCCAGACUCGCCCUGCAGGACCUACCUGCACAGCUGAGAGGAGGCCAGGCAUUGAACACAACCCUCUCUUUCACUCACACAAAACACCACCAUGAAGUGUCUCCUCAUUCAUAGAAAUACAGGAAGAUCUGGAUUGUGUUGUUGGUCAAAAACACAGCAAACAACAUCAUAAUUUAGUCAAAUUUGUAGAUCUUUAAUGAGUUAAGGAUUUCAGUUUUAUUUCCAUAGUACACUCACAAAGUCUCCUGUUCCAUUAAAGCUCAUGGACUUUUUGUUCUGGCCCAUUCUUCAAAAAAUGGUGGUUCAUGAAACCAUCACUCCCAGUACUUUCCCUCACUUCAUCGCCCUGUGUGUGCUCAGGACAGUGUGAGGGACUUCUUGGACGAUGUUUUUAUCUGGAUGUUCACCGGACUGAGAGGAGAGACUCAUCUGCUAGUUUUCCCUUUCCCUCAUUUUCAGCAGGUGGGUUCAGAGGACUCAGUAAUAAUGUACAAUAUUUACCCUGGACACAUAAGACUGAUAUCUGUGAUAAAAACCAGAGAACUGAACUGAUGUGUUGUGUGAAACAUCACCGUUCUUCAUCAUUAACAGUGAGAAGAAGCGAUGAAAUUACAUUUUUCUGCAGAAAACACAACGGAAAAACACUGAAGAAGAAAACACCUCACUACCGUAUGUGCUGUACAUUUAAAAAAUGAUGUGUUGACUUCUCUGUCAGCGGAUAAUAUUCAUUAUUUUCCAUAUGUUCACAGAUGUCACUGUAUGAAAUUUGAUCGAUUUUGAGGCAUUUUUUCGUCGGUCACGCUCAUAUUUCUGGGAUGUAAAUGUGUUAAAUAUCACACCUGUAUUUUUCAGAGACUCUCACCCAAGGAUGGACAUAAAUUAGCCCCCCCUUUUUCAUCUGCAGUGCAAAAGAAAAGGAAACUCCAUGCCUUUUGUUUUUAUAGAAAGGAAUGGAAAACAAUGGCUCCUCAAAAACAGGUAAAACAUAUUUUGUGUGGAGAAAAUGUUCUGCAGAAAUAUAAUAAGUUGAAGCUUGGAGACUCUUUUUAAAUUAGAAACUUCUUGGUCAAUUAAAGACAGUACUUGGAGGGACAAGAACACACAGUAUUUUGUCUCUCAAUUCAAAAUGUGUUACUGGUGUUUGUUUUCCACUUUUCUGUAGAUUUUGAAGGCGUUUUGCUUUCAAAUGUGUUACAUGCUCCCUGAGAUUUAUGAAUUAGGCCAUACCUUCUCUUAGGGGCAGUCAUUUCUGUCAAGUAUCUUGAAAAAACAGUACAUUUUGGUGUUUUUCUACCUGCAUAACACUAAACGUCUAAAAUAUAUAAGCUUACCAAGUCAGGAAACUUCUUGGAAAUGAGCCUGACCCAAAAUAAUAUGCUAGAAAACAGGUCCAUAUUUCUAAUAUUUGAGUCCCUCGAUCCUGCACAAUGUACAUAUCCCAUCUUGUGUUCCUAAAUUGUAAAUACCAUGCAAUGAAUCCAGGUGGGUCUCACCGUCCGCAGUGUUAUGUAGCCUCAAAAACCCCACAAACUCACACAAAAUACAGGAAUUUCAAGUGUACAAAUAUGUGUGUAUGUAUUUGGCCUAAAUAUUAGCGGCAUCCUCCCCCUGUGCUGUGACAGAAAAGGUUGUGUUUUGUACUUAGAAACCUCUUUUUAAAGAUCCCUAUGGACUUCUCCCUGCUGUUAAAAAAUGGUUGAUGUGAAUUUGACUUAACACGGCCUUUUGGACACUGUGAACUUUUGCUACUCUAUAUUUUUGUAUGAUGUACACUGUUAAAAAAAAGGUGAAUAAAUCCAUUUUGAUGCCAGUAUUUUGCUCAUGCAUGCUACAAGCUCAACUGCACGAUUAA